GCUUUGUCUUUACCCAGCGCCGCCGAAAUCUUGCCGUGCAGCCAAGACGCAGGGUUCAAAGCGCCGAUCACAGGAACAGCACCAGACGACUUGGUUUUGGAAUACUGGGAGAGAGUGAGUGGGAAGGGCCGUCAGCGGGUUGGGCGCGUGCCUGUUCUGUGCACGGCAGAUUGAACAGCAGGACACACCAAAGUCUUCGAAGCCGAAUGGAAGAAUGCGACAUCCUUGUUUACCAUCCCGGAGAAGUAGCUGACGAAGCGGUCAGCAACCGGCGAUAUUUCACGCAUAGGUGGCCCACCAGGCCUGGAUCUGCGUCCCGUGAGGAAGGAUACUCUGAAGGCGGGGAGGCACCACUCACGUCGUGCUCGAAACCGUACUUGGUGUCAGAUGCAUCGCGGCCCCAGACUCCGUCGAAAUGAAGCGACUUGUCCGCUCGUUCAACUGCUGCCGCAGGCCCGAACACCUUAGCGGAGGGGUAAGCCUUCUUGAAUUCACCGAGAUACAGAUGGUGAACAGAAUUAGCGCUGAUGAUAUACCUGGAAGGGUUUGGCUGUGAUUGCGGGGGAAACUAAACAGACGCACUGUACAGGACCCAACUCAUCUAUCUUCGCCUUGGUCUCAGGGUUUAAAGGCGUGGAGGCAAGUACCCAGACGCCACCAUCGCUGAGUUUGAUAGCGGUUGACCUUCCACCGAUUGGCAUGAUCCCAAAACGAGCAAAAGGAC